UCCAGCCACUCGGGGAACCGCCGAGGGAGAAGCAGAAGGGAGCAGCCAGACGAGCGAACGGGGCCAGGGAAGGAUGCUUGCCACCGGUCUGGCCGGCCAGUACGGCCCCCCAACUGGUUGGACUGGCUGGGCCGCUGGGGCUGGGUGGCUUCGGCGUGGCACGGCCCCGCUGCUCCUGCUGUGCCCGCCCGGGCGCUGCGGGCCCUGCGCUGGUGGCGGUGCCGCUGCCCCGUGCACACGUGCGUGUGCACACCCUGCGCACAUGGCUGUGCCUGCUGACGGCCGCGGUUGCAUUCCCCUGCUGACGGGCGCCCGGCCUUCCCGAUGCGCCCUUGUAGGGCUGUUUGGAGGAGGUGGGAGCAGGGGUGGAGGUGAGGAAGGUCAAGCUUCUUAGGUUUCAGCUGAUUUGGCAUCCGCUUGCAGCCCUUCCCCCUGGAGCCCGCUCGGCCAUAUGCACUCGCUGCUGCUUUUAUGACCCUUUGCAAAGAAAUCCCAGAGAUGUGAGCUGCUGCUGGCCACGAAGAACAGCUUACUUUCAGGAAAACAGCCCCUUCCCACCAUGGGCAGCCCUACAGCAAGAAGACUGUGGUUUUCCCCUUCCCCAAACCACAAGACCGAUCCUGGGGAGCUGCCACUGCUCUGGGCGCACAUUGGGCUUAGCAGGGCAAGCACUGCCUCUAAGCUGGCUUUACAGGGGGGAACCUUUUUUUUUGUUUGUUUUCUUUUUAAAUUAUUUUUGCCUACAUGAAGGCCCGCUGCUUUGUUCGGUGCCCUGGGAGUGAGGGUGAGGCUGGCAGUGCCGGGCCCGAGCCGUGCCACGCCGUGCAUGCGCUCCCCGCCCGCCCGGCUGCCUCGGCGCUGGGGCUGGGAACGGGGACACGAAACAUGUCUGUGCAGCUUCAAGGAGCCGAGCAGAAUUCCCCGCUGUCAUCAUCCUCCUCCCCUCCCUCGCUGCGGGCUGCCAGAGGGGAGGGCUGAUCACAGCGCUGCCAUUGUUCAAGUAACCUACAAAUGGAUUUGCAUGGAGGCAGGUUGGGAGGGGCGGAGGGGUGGGAUUUAUUAGCAGCGGCUGAAUUCGUCGGGAUUACUACUAGGCUGAGAGCUUCUCAAUGGGCAUGAUCCCUGGUGUUGUUGAUAUGCCUGACUCUGUUACAUGUAAAGAUAAUCCCUCCGUGAAGAACUCAGACUGCAGUGAUAAGAGAGGCCGGUUGGUGCAUCUCUGUUGUCCCACCUCCUUCAGUGAAAGAUUAUUCCAUGUAUCUUAUCAAAAGGAAGCAGCCUUUCAUGUGCUAUACCUUGGAAAACAAAAUCAAAGCUUUCAUCUGAAGGGUGCUUUCCUCGCAGCAGAGAGGCAGGGAACUGCUCAAACCUCCCAACACAAAACGCGAGACAUACGCUGCCUCCUCCACGCCAGCUCCCGACCUCACCGGCUGCGCGCAGCCCCCGCUCCGGCUGCUCCGGCGUCCAUCUUGGUGCCUGCGGGAUGCAGCUUCACUCCUGUCCCUCUGUCCGCCGCAGCGCCGGCAGCAGAUAUCCCCCUGCCUGCAGCCCCCCCAGGGAUGCUGACAUCUCGUGUUUUACACCCGCUUCUCACGGCUCAGCCAGAAAGCCAGGAGAGGGAUUUAAACAGCACGAGGGGGCCUGGAGCCGGGGAGCUGUGGCGGCACCUUCACGUGCUGCCUGAGGAAAGCUACAUUUGGGAAGUGGGGUUUCUCCUUUCCAUAUCACCAGGCCAAGGUGGGCAGCACUGUCUCCCUGUGCCUGUGCAAAGCAAAGCACCCCGGUACUGUGCAUCCUCCGGCUUUUCUUCCCAACUCCCCGGCAAAGGGAAAAAGGCAGCAAGUGCUGCAGCAGGGGCUGCUUCAGGCCGCUGGUGCUCAGCCCUUGCACAAAAUGGGGCUGGGAGGGAUGGUGGAGGAGGGGCUGUGGAGCGUGCUGCUGACCUGCUGAAUUAUGACUUUAAUGCAGUCGCUUUAAUAACUUGCUGUAGCUCCAACCACCAGAUGCAAUUUAUGGCAAAGCAGGCGCCCAAGCAUUUUUCUUUCUAUGAAGACUAAGCAGAUCUCUGAUUACCACCCCCUCCCCCCAGCCCAUUACCUUCCCCCGCUUGCACUGCUAAUGGAAAAAUGUUAUGUGUCUGUGUGCUUUUUCCCCAAGCCCUGUUUUCAGGAAAUGGUGGAGAAUGAGAAACUAACACACGCGCACACACGCGUUUGAACGAAAGAUGGCUUUUAUUCUCCCUUCUUCAACCACACAAAAUUCCCCCUGCUAGCACAAUAGCUUCUUCUCUUCCUAAAACCGUACAAUCUCAGCCAGAAGCAAGGCAAAAUCCAUGAUUUAUUUGCAGGGAAAAAGAAAGGCAUUCCCCCCCCUCCCCCUUCCAUCUGACCAAAAUCAUCUGAAGUCUGACUGUUUUCACUGCACAAUGCAAAGCCCACUGCCGCUCGGAAGUCUCCCUACUGUAACAAAGGCUUUAAUACAACCUCUGAACAAACAGACAAAAAAGCAGAACCUGGGAACGAUGGAUGGACAAACUGAAUUGAAGUUUUAAUUUUUUAUUUGGUGCUUGUAUACAAUAGUGAUGGGUGCAUUAAAAAAGCAAUCUAUAGAUAGGCAGACAGAUAUCCCACCAGUGCUCCUAUUUUAAAGACCCAUUCAUUUUGCGUCUAAAGGAUGAAUUCUUCCUCCCACUCUCCUCCUCUCUCUCCUUUUCUGUGAUUUGCGCGAUCAUUUGCUACAUAUAUGAUGAAUUACUGUUUAUCUUAGUCCGGGGUUUCAAAGCAAUUUCCCAAAUAAAUUUCACCGGAUCAAUAAA